AUGCGGGUGCUUUACACCCAAGAUGCAGACAUUACGUUUCGACCAAGCCUCCAGUUCACUGUAGUGAUGAGUUUCUGUCUCUCUCAGCUCUCAGCAGUCACGUGUGGUUUCAUGCUAAAGCUGUACGGAGGUCUGGAGGAUGCUGGGUUCCUGCAGCAGCUUCACUCUGUGGGAAUCCUGGCUGAGUUCGAAAGCCUGCUCAGCACCAAUGGUGACGAGGAGGGGAUACUGGAGGACAUGGAGGUGGGUGUGGCCGACCUGAGCGAUGUUGCCUUCACAAUUACCAAAGCUAAAACUGAAGAAGACCUGCUGCCGAUGCUCACUGGAACAUGGUGCGACACACACUUUUGCUUUUAUUCUUUGUUUCACCUCUCAUCUGGGACGCUUCUUCGGUUCUGCCUGACUGCUGGAGAGUGCCAG